UCCUGCCCCCGCCGUUGAAAAAAAAAAAAUUGCGAUCACUUUAUCUCUCCCUCUCUCUCUCUCUCUCCGUUAAUUCUCGAGCUCGGAAACCCUAACGCACUCUUUCGAAAUUGCUGCUGGGAGGAAGAAAGGCUUUCCCUUUUGUUGUAGAUACAAGUGAAAUAUUGAGAGUAUUCCGAAGACGUUAGUUGAAGGCAGCUCAUGAAUUCUGGAGGGGAUAGAGGUUCCAGAUAUAAAGAAUAAUUCUUAGGAGCUGAAUCUAUGUCUGGAAACGAAUACGGAGAGAGGAUCCACAAUUUCUUUGGACAAGAAGGCCUAUCUCAAGACCAGCAUCAGUCUCAGGUGGUUGAUGGAAGCUGGUCCGGUUUCAGUAACGGUUUAGUUGGAAACCAGAGGCAUAUAGACACAUCCAUUAUUAACAAUCUGGAGAGUUGUAACACACAACAACAACCUGUUGAUCCCGAGAGAUGGCAAUCUUCAAAUUCACACCAGGGUUUGAAUUUUACGCAGCAGCAGCAACCUAUAAGGGCUGAGUACUCCAGAAGUCUAUUGCAAGAUAAUCAGCAACUCACAAAUGGUUACAUGAAUUGGAUGGCAAUGCAGAAUGGGUCGAAUGUUUCGGGAGUGGGUGUAGAAUCUAGUAGGGAUAACUUAUCAGCGAAAGGGUUUACUUCCGACAUUCAGAAAACUCCUAUGAGGUUUGAGAUGGGAGGAGAAUCUCCGGUUAAUUAUGAUUUCUUUGGUGGUCAACAGCAAUUAAACAGCCAGCCGCCUGGCAUGCUCCAGCCGUUUCCAAGGCAGCAAAUGACGUUCAACGAUAUGCAACUACUAAAGCAGCAAGUUAUGGUUAAGCAAAUUCACGAGUAUCAACUUCAACAACAGCUUAAUAAGAAACAGCUGGAGGCCAGGCAGCUCAACUCUUUGAAUUCAAAUGCAGUAAAUGGAAAUCGCUCAAGUGAUAAUCAAUCACACCUUUUGGUUAAUGGGAUCCCUCUUCAGGAUGCGUCUAGUAAUGGUUGGCAGCCUGAUCUUGUGUCAGGAAAUACACACUGGAUGCACCCCGGCAUUUCACCAGUUGUUCAAGGUUCAUCCAGUGGGCUUGGCGCUGAGCACGGACAGGCGAACUUACAGUUUGAACCUUCCUUGUACAGCAUGCCUCUUGGUGGGGCAAAUGCACCUCAAAAUUCCUUCUCUUCCGUUCAGAUGAACAGGUUAUCUUCGGAGCAUGGUUCCACUCUCACCAAUCAGCCUGAUAGUUUUAUGCUACCUAGAUCCACAUACCAGGAGAGAGCGAUGUUCUUGAAUACUUCAGCUCCAGGUUCAAAUGAUAGCCCAAAUUUUGAAUGUUUCCAGCAAGAUGGUCCAUCCGAGAGAAACGUUUCAGCGCAGGAGAAACUCGAUCAGAUGAAGGGUUCUGGUCCACCAGAAAAAUCAUAUAUAAAAGCGCCUGGAAAUGUUUCUGGGUCACAGAAGUCGACAGCCUUAGAUCCAACAGAAGAAAAGAUUUUGUUUGGUUCGGAUGACAAUUUGUGGGAAGCGUUUGGAAACGACACUGAUAUGAGCUUGACAGGAAACCUGGUGUCCAGUAGUUCUGACCUUAAUGAUGCAUGCCCCUCUUUGAAAGGUGGGGGUUGGAGUGCUCUUAUGCUAUCUGCUGUAGCAGAAACAUCCAGUAAUGACGCAGGCUUUGGUAACAGGGUCCAGAAUCUUGGCGUCAAGGCUUCAAAUGCACUAAGUGAGAGACUCCACAAUGAUUCGGGCUCUAUUCAAACGAAUGAGGGGAUUGGAGAUAGAUUUGGUAUCUGGAAGGCUGCUUCUAAUCCAAACUUAGUUGCUCCUCCUGUUGAACAGAAGAAUCACUUCACCCAAAAUCUACAAAUGAAGGCAAACUAUGGAUUUGGCAUUGCCACUGCGGAAAACAAGUCUACUGCUUCUAGGGAUGUCCAGGAAAACCAACAGCAUUCGGGUAAUAACUCUGUGGAGAAAGCUACCCCUCAAGAGAAUUAUAGAGAUGGCAGUCAGAUUAGUCGCAAAUUUCACUAUCAUCCCAUGGGGAAUAUUGGCGUCACUAAUGAGCCUUAUCGUGAAAAAAAAUCUCAUUUGCCACCCGCAUUGGACCGGGUGUCUGGAGGAAAUCAAGGGUAUUUUGGGCAGUCAAAGUCACUUGGCCAGCCACCUAUGAACAUGCAAAUUGACAGGGGACUUGUUUCACAAGGCAUGGGUUUAGAAAAUUCACCUAGUACAUCUGCUUCAGCCGACAGAAGUGUUGAUAUGUGUAAUCAAGUGCAGAGUGCGUCAAGGCAGACAAUGCUUGAGCUUCUUCACAAGGUGAACCAGCCGGAGGAGCGUUCUGUGGAAACAGAUGCUUUCAAAAUUCCUGAAUCAACACCCUCUGCAGAAAAUGGUGGUCAAUUUAGGCAUAGUCAGUCAUCUGCUUCUCAGGGGUUUAGUUUACAGCUGGCUCCGCCGUCUCAACCAGCUCCCUCACCUGAUAACGUGCAGUUUUCUAUGAAUUCUUUGCAGCCAUUGAAUUCACUUCAUACUGCCCCUGAAAAAGGAGCAACAAAUCAAUCAAGGUUUGCUCCAUGGGCAUCUAGUCAAUCUUUUCCACAGCAAUCCACUUAUCAAGGACCAGGAGAAAGCAACAAUACCUCUGGUUUCCCAUAUUCCAAAGGGUAUCACCAAAAUCAACUGCUACCUGUUUCUACCCGACAGUUAACUCCUAACCAUUUAGUCAGAUCAUCUUCUGAGGUGUCGACCCCUCAAGUGAAAGAAAGAGACCGAAGCAGUGACUAUUCAGCACAAACACCUUCCCUGCUAAAUCCAACGACCCACAAGAACAAAGGAGAUUCAGCUGAAGGGUUUCCUAUGCUGUCUGCUCCUCAGCCUCGGGUAGGAUUCAGUUCGCCUCAGCAGAGUUCCUCUUCUGGUAUGAGGUCUGACUCAGGAGCCGGUACUUCAGCACCGCAACAUCGGUUUUGGAACCAGCCACCUAAGCCUCAGCCAGAUAUAUUACGGCCGCAUCCAGUUACCAAUAGCCACGUAGAAGACAUCUUCUCAAGGCAGGAGAAGAGAAAUCAAUUAUCCUCUCAAAAUGGAGGAGACAUGUCAUUAAGUGGAAGGGACAUGGUGAAUAUGCAUGAGUUGCAGGGUGAAGAUAUGGGUGCAAAACAAACAGCUGGUGUUGCUUCGAUGUUCUCCAAAAUGGGGCAGAGCAAUCAUCAAACCUUGGAUCGCUCUCUUCCUUCUAACAACCGUCCAAAAGAUGACGUGCGUCACAAUGAGCAUAUGGCUGGAAGUGGGGAAGGUGACGCACCCAAGAUGACUGUGAAGAGAGUCGAGGAUAGUUCUGUUCAUCUUCAAAAGGUAGCUUCCAAAGAGGUGCAACAGUCACCUUUAAGAUCUGAUGGUUUACUGAGAGAUGGAUUGAAUCACAAGGAAUCAGAGAACCACUCGCUACCUUUCGGCCAAACUGUUUCUCAGAGUUUCUCCAAUAAGAAUCAUUCUGUCUCGGCUGGAGCAGAUCAUCAACAACAAAUCAGUCCUCAGAUGGCUCCAUCCUGGUAUAAUCAAUAUGGAACUUUCACCCCCUUGAAGAUGGGAGAAAAAUCUUCUAAUGUUGGGAGUUCGGCUGAUGGCUCACAUAAUGUUCAAUCUCCAAAGCAGUUUAAUACACACCAAAUGUCAUGCUCCGCACCAGGAGCGGAGAUUCCCUCAUCUGAGUCAUUGCCUCGUGGUGCAACUGACGAACUUAUGAAUGUUGUUAAACCAAAGAAGCGCAAAACCGCCACAUCAGAGCUUCUAUCUUGGAAUAAAGAAGUCAUGCAUGGUUCCCAGAGGCUUAAGACUCUCAGUGAGGCGGAGGUUGAUUGGGCCAGAGCAACUAAUCAAUUUGCUGAAAAGGUGGAAUAUGGGAAUUUACUUGAGGAUGGCCCACGACUCAGAUCAAAGAGAAGGCUUAUAUAUACAACACAACUCAUGCAACAACUAUUUCGCCCGCCUCCUGCUAGGGUAAUAUCUUUGAUUGCUAGCUCAAACUAUGAGCUUGUUGCAUAUACUGCUGCAAGAGGUGCACUAGGAGAUACAUGUAGCUCCACUUUUACUGAUAGGAACGAAUGCCUUUUGCCCCAGAACAAAUCAAACCCGGUGUCUGAGAGAAGGAAAACUGAAACAACCAGUGACCAGUACAUCUCCAAAGCUGCUGAAGAUUUCAUUAGCAGGUCACAGAAACUAGAAAAUAACUUUGCAGGACUACAGAACGGAUCAACAAUUGCUGACUUGAUCGUGGAAGUCCAGGAUCUAGAGAAGUUUGCAGUGAUCAAUCGUUUUGCGAAGUUCCACCCAACAUCCUCAUCUACAGACCGGAACGUGAGUUCACUUAGGUUAAACCCACAAAGAUAUGUUACUAUAGCUCCAAUGCCUCAGAAUGUUCCAGACAGGGUACACUGUCUCUCUCUCUAACCAUUGAUGAAUCCAUCAUAUUAUUCUGUUUUUGGCCAGUAGUUCCCAUUCAUAUGUAUGUCGUGCACCAAAUGUUUGUAUUUCUUGGGUGGGUAUGAGUUAGUAGUUGGUCAGGAUUCUGAGAACUGUGAAGGUCUCUAUUGUUAAGAAGCCGGAGAUUUCCUACUAGACAUGAAGAAUUAAUGUAUUCAUGAUCAUAUAUGAUUAUUGCAAGUCAGAAUAUUUUGUA